CGGGCCGCGCAUGGGCCGUGGCCGAGCCCAGCCCCGGCGGCCCCGUCCAGCAGGCGGCAGCAUGACGAAGGAGCGCGCGGGCGACCCCCCCGCCGGGGACGAGCAGCCCCCCGAGGCGCCGGGCCCCGAGCGCCGCAAGAAGCCCGUGGUGCACCCCUCCGCCCCCGCCCCCCUGCCCAAGGACUACGCCUUCACCUUCUUCGACCCCAACGACCCGGCGUGCCAGGAGAUCCUCUUCGACCCCCGCACCACCGUGCCCGAGCUCUUCGCCAUCGUGCGCCAGUGGGUGCCCCAGGUGCAGCACAAGAUCGACGUCAUCGGCAAUGAGAUCCUGCGCCGCGGCGGCCACGUCGACGACCGCGACGGCCUCACCGACAUGACGCUGCUGCACUACGCCUGCAAGGCCGGGGCCCACGGCGUCGGGGACCCGGCGGCGGCCGUGCGCCUCUCGACGCGGCUGCUGGCGCUGGGGGGGGACGCGACGCUGCGCAGCCGCUGGACCCACAUGAACGCGCUGCACUACGCCGCCUACUUCGACGUGCCCGAGCUCAUCCGCACGCUGCUGCGCGCCGCCGGCCCCCGAGUGCUGCACUCGACCUGCAGCGACUUCAGCCACGGCACCGCGCUGCACAUCGCCGCCUCCAACCUCUGCCUGGGCGCCGUGCGCUGCCUGCUCGAGCACGGCGCCGACCCCGCCCUGCGGAACAGCAAGGGGCAGGUGGCGGCGGAGGUGGUGCCCGACCCCACGGACAUGGCGCUGGACCGGGCGGAGGCGGCGCUGGCGGCCCGCGAGCUGCGGCGGCUGCUGCUGGACGCGGUGCCCCUGAGCUGCUCGCUGCCCCGCGUCACCCUGCCCAACUACGACAACCUGCCCGGCAACCUCAUGCUGCUCUGCCUCGGCCUCCAGCUCGGCGACCGCGUCCGCCUCGACGGCGACAAGGUGGGGACGCUGCGGUUCUGCGGCACCACGGCCUUCGCCAGCGGGCAGUGGGCCGGCGUGGAGCUGGACGAGCCCGAGGGCAAGAACGACGGCAGCGUCGGCGGCGUCCGCUACUUCAUCUGCCCCCCCAAGCAAGGCAUCUUCGCCUCGGUGUCGAAGAUCUCCAAGGCAGAGGAGCAGCCGCCAGCGCCGUCGCCCCCCCGGACCCCCCCCGGGCCCCCGGCCCGCCCCCCCGCCAAGGCCCGCAAGGACAAGAGAGCCUCCCGGAAGCGGGCGGGGCCGGGGGCGGGGCCGGGCGCCUGGCUGGACCGGGAGGGGCGGCGCGUGGAGCCGGGCGACGCGGUGCUGGUGGCGGGGCAGAAGCCCGGCCGGGCCCGCUUCUACGGCAAGACCGACUUCGCCCCCGGCUACUGGUUCGGGGUGGAGCUGGAGGCGGCGGCGGGCAAACACGACGGCUCCGUCUUCGGCGUGCGCUACUUCAGCUGCCCCCCCCGGCACGGCGUCUUCGCCCCCCCCUCCCGCGUGCAGAGGAUCGGGGGCCCCAAGGUCGCGCCGGGGGACGGCGGCUCCGAGAAGAAGGUCCAUCAGGUCACCAUGUCGCAGCCCAAGCGCAACUUCCCGGCGGUGCGGACCCCCAAGGACAUCGCGUCGGAGAGCUCCCUCUCCAGGUUACUCUUCUGCUGCUGGUUCCCCUGGAUGCUGCGAGCCGAGAUGCAGUCCUAACCCCGCCCCCCCGCCACGCUGCCCCCCCCGCUGUCCCCAGGCCCCCCCCACCCAGUGCCUUGUCCCCCGACCCCCCCCAGCGUGGGGAGAAGUGAUGUGACACCCCUCCCCCCCGUAACCCCCCCCCCCAAAAUCCUGCUAACCCUGUUGCGCCGGGCUGUUUACUCUGGAACCUACUGAUUACAGUUGUGGGGAGUAAGUCGAUGCCAGGGUCCCCCGUCCCCUCCCAGAUGUCCCACCACCUCCACCCUGUUUGGGGCUGUUCACUCUGGAGCCUACUGAUUACAGUUAUGAGGGAAAGUUGAUGCCAGACCUCUCCCCAAACCCAGUUUUGGGCUGUUCACCCUGGAACCUACUAAUUGCAUUUAUGGGGAGCGAGUUGAUGCCAGGGCCCCUGUGGGGGUCCCCCAAGCACAGCUUUGGGCUGUUCACUCUGAAACCUACUGAUAUGGAAGCUGAUAUCUGCUAGGGAUCUCCUGUAACUGUGUUACUUGGAGCUGUUCACCCUGGAACCUACUGAUUGCAUUUAUGGGGCAUGAGAUAAUGCUAGGGCCCCUCUGGGGUCCCCCCCAGCCUGGGCUUGGGCUGUUUGCUCUGGAACCUACUGAUUACAGUGGAAGCUGAUUUCUGCUAGGGACCUCCUGUAACCCUGUUCCUCAGGGCUGUUCACCCUGGAACCUACUGUUGACACGCACAGGGCUAGGUCGGUGCCUGAAUGCCCACAUUCGUCCUCCAUCUCGCAGUCCAAUGAGGGGCAGACUGGCGUCCCCCAGUAACAAAUGCUCCUAAACUGGUCACAACUUGGGGGGGAACUGGUUUAUAGUGGUUUGGACAUGUCAGGCUUUACUGGGGGGGACUGGGCGGGGCUGGGGGCCGCCCAGUCCCAGGAAGGGAGCGGGGGGGUGAGCCCGGACGCCUGGGCUCCCUCCUGGAGGGCUGCGGGGUCCCAUGGUCGGAGCAGGAGCCGCUUCCCCCGGCUCCAGGGUGGAUUCUCCAGUGGCUGAUAGCGGGGUUGAAGCCCCCCCCUCCCCCAAAUCACAGGGGGCCCAGGCGUCCGGGCCAGGCGGAGUGGGAGGAGGCGCUUGGAAGGCCCCGGACGCCUGGGCCCCAGCCCCGUGGCAUCGUGCUCCCCGUCCCCCCCCCUCUUUCAGUAGCAAUAACCCCCCCCGAAGGGCCGCGUCCCCGUCCCCCCCCCCGCGAUCGUCGUGAGUGGCUUGCCGUCCCCCCGCUGCCGCAUGGUCCCCCCGGACCCGCUUCUGUCACCAAUAAACCGCGUUUCUACGUG